AUGCCUCGUGUCAAGUACGUUCUCUUGGACUGCGACAACACCCUGUGUCUGUCGGAGCGUCUGGCCUUCGAGGCCUGCACCGACCUGACCAACGAGGUCCUCGAGAAAUGGGGCAAGUCUGAUCGCUACACGGUCGACCAGCUCCUCGAGGACUUUGUCGGCCACAACUUCCGCGGCAUGCUGGUCGGCCUGCAGAAGAAGCACGACUUCACCAUGACCCCCGACGAGGUUGACACCUACGUCGACCGUGAGCUCGGCGCUGUCACUGCCAAGCUGAGUGAGAAGUGCCAGCCCUGCCCCGGCGUCCCCGAGAUGCUCGAGUGGGUGAAGCAGCAGGGCUACCCCAUGUCCGUCGUCAGCACCUCGGCCAAGCCCCGCGUCGUCGCCAGCAUCAAGAAGACCGGCAUCGACCACUACUUCAAGGACGAGCACGUCUACAGCGCCGCCACCUCCAUGGACAAGCCCUCCAGCAAGCCCGACCCCGCCAUCUACAACUUUGCCUGCGAGAAGCUGGGCGUCGCCAACAAGGACUGCGUCACCGUCGAGGACAGCAAGAGCGGCGCCACUGCCGCCAUGCGUGCCGGCAUCCCCCUGAUCGGCUAUGUCGGCGUCUACGGCAUCGAGGAGGGCAAGGAGAAGAUGGAGCAGAUGGCCAAGGUCUUGAAGGAGCAGUGCAACGCUGCCGUCAUCAUGUACGACUGGAAGGAGUUCCCGGAGUGCCUCAAGAAGAUCGAGUCGCUGUAA